AAACAAAAGGUUUGAUUAAAAAAGGUGUUCCGGGACAAAUGAAGGCGAAGGUGUAUAGUGUCGUGAAGUAAGCGACGCCAUCAGUGUCAGCUGAGCCGCCGUCAUGGAGAGACCUCUUGACAAGUGUCUUGAUGAACUAUCCCACAGUGUAGGGGUUUCAGGCGUACUCUGUGCUGACAAUCAUGGUCUCUGUCUUGGUGCUCGGGGAAAAGCUUCUGGUGCAUCUUCAGGCAUGAUAUCGGCUCUAGCAGAUAGAGCAGCCUUGUUGGAACCUGGCAGCCCAGAUCCUGUCAUAUUGCUGGAGACUGAUAAUAGCCAGUGUCUCAUCCAUCGCAAUAAUGGCAUUACUCUAGCUGUCUACAAGUCGCCUGAAACCUCUUAAAAAUAUUCUUUACAAGAGGAGGGUGCCAUACUAAGCAGAUUAUGGUGUUGCUUGUAUUUUGUAGUUUGUAUGAUACAAUUUUGUAUUAAUGUGACGGAUGCUUCAUAUUAUGAGUUUUGGAAUUCUUCAGAUUGUCAUUCUGAACUUGUAAUAGCAGAAAUCACACAUUAUUUGUAAUUAUAUUAAUUUCUUAUGAUUUUAUAGUGAAAUACAAAAUAUUUAACUUUGCUGUAAAAUUGUCAUGAAUAUUUACCAUAGUAACUAAAAAUGUGUACUAUUCAAGUCAACAAAUACUGUAUAGGACUUUAAAUUUAAUAUGCUGAUUACAAAAGAUGUUUUUUUAAGUUAUGCUUUAAUAUACUGUAGCUUAUUUUAAAAUUAAGAGUUUUGUAAAUUUGAAUAUGUACAAAGAAUUUGAGAACCAUGGAAUAAAGUAAAUAAAAGUA